CAGCUGCAAGCCCUACUUUAGCUAGGGACCAGAUUCACACCGAACGUGGCCUAAAGGAACAAAAUGCUCGAUAUCAACCUAUUUAGGACUGAGAAGGGCGGCGACCCUGAGGUUGUGAGGGAGUCCCAGCGGAGGCGCUUCGCAGAUGUGACUCUCGUAGACAAGGUUAUUGAGCUGGAUUCGGAGUGGCGGCAAGUUCGGUUCCAACUGGACCAGCUGAACAAGGAUUUCAAUGCUCUUAACAAGGAGAUCGCCACCGUCCGCAAGUCCGGCGGCAACUCCGAUGAGCUGCAGGAGCGCAGCAAGGAGAUGAAGAAGCGCAUCCAGGAGACCGAGGAGCGCGAGAAGGAGGUCAUCCGCGCCCGCGACAGCAAGCUGGUCGCCAUCGGCAACAUCGUGCACGACAGCGUGCCCGUCAGCCAGGACGAGACCAACAACGCGGUUGUGAAGACUUUCGGCGAGCCGCGUCCCUCCGUGGACCCCUCCAGCGGCAAGAAGCUGUACAACCACGUGGACCUGGUGCAGCUGCUGGGCAUCGUCAACCUGGAGGCGGGGCAGGAGGUUGCCGGCGGCCGCGGCUACUACCUGACCCACGAGGGUGUGCUGCUGAACCAGGCGCUCAUCAACGCGGCGGUGCACUUUGCGUACAAGCGCGGCUUCGCGCCGGUGCACACGCCCUUCUUCAUGCGGCAGGAGAUCAUGGCGGAGUGCGCGCAGCUGAGCCAGUUCGACGAGGAGCUGUACAAGGUCACGGGCGAGGGCGACGACAAGUACCUGAUCGCCACCAGCGAGCAGACGCUGUGCGCCAUGCACCGCAAGGGCUGGUUCGAGAAGGCGGAGCUGCCUGUCAAGUACGUGGGCUACUCCACCUGCUUCCGCAAGGAGGUGGGCAGCCACGGCAGGGACACGCUGGGCAUCUUCAGGAUCCACCAGUUUGAGAAGGUGGAGCAGUUUGUGAUCGCCUCCCCCGAGGGCAACUCCAGCUGGGAGGCCAUGGAGGAGAUGCUGGCCAACGCGGAGGACUUCUACCAGUCCCUGGGCCUGCCCUACCGCGUGGUCAACAUCGUGUCUGGCGAGCUGAACAACGCCGCCAGCAAGAAGUACGACCUGGAGGCCUGGUUCCCCGCCUCCGCCACCUUCAGGGAGCUGGUCUCCUGCUCCAACUGCCUAGACUACCAGUCCCGCCGCCUGGACAUCCGGCUGCGCACCCCCAAGGGCGCCGCGGGCGAGGCCAGCAAGGCCUACGUGCACAUGCUCAACAGCACCCUCACCGCCACCGAGCGCACGCUGUGCUGCGUGCUGGAGAACUACCAGACGCCCGACGGAGUGCGGGUACCCGAGGCGCUGCGCCCCUUCAUGAUGGGCAUGGAGUUCAUCCCCUUCCGCAAGCAGUUUGACGCCAAGGGAAAGCUGGUGGACCGGCCCAAGCCAGCUGCGGCCCCAGCGGCUGCGGCUGCUGAGGCGAGCUCGUGAAGGUGCGGGCCCCCGCGGAUGCAACAACCGGCGGCAGCAGCGGCUGCAGCAGCCGGUGGUGGUGGUGGUGAUGGUGGUGAUGGUGCAGCGCUGGCGAAGGAGUGCAAGCCGCUGCGGGCGGUUGCUGGGUCAGAGACGACCGCUUGGCCGCAGCAGCCUGCGUCGACGGCGGCGUGGCCGGCGGGCGGCUUGCGGGCCUGGCAGCUGGGGCGGGCAGGCGAGGCGUGGAGCGGUGUGGUGACGCCGGCGGCAGUGGCGGUGGUUGCUGCGGGUGGUUGCGGGGAGGCGGAGCGCCUGGUGCCGUGGAGGCAGCGGAUGGAGUGGCUGCGGCUGCGGCGGCAGCAGCCAGCAGGAGGAGGAGGAGCGGCCAGGGUAGCGGCUUCCCAGCCGCUGCUACAGCUCUUGCCAAAGCAGCAGCAGCAGCAGCAGGUGGGGUCCCGGGCGCUUCCUCGUCAGCCUGUGUGGGUGGGCGCUGGGCAGGGCUGCGGCGCGACUGCAGCGGCGCCGACACCAUCACAGCUAGCCACUGGAACAGCACCGCCGCCCUGGUUGCGGCGGGAGGCGGCGCACGUGCCUGUCGUACAGCCGCCGACACUGGUGCGCACGUUGUUUGCUGGCCGGGGGGUAGUAGAUCCUGCGGGGGCGGGUAGCUUGUUGCGGGAGGGGGUGCUUGCGGGCUGGAGGGGGCUGCCGCGUGGAGGAGGUGGUGCAACAGCGGCGGCAGCAGCAGCUGUUGCGGCGGCGCUAGCAGCUGGGAGCUUGUGGUGCUAAAUGCGUGCGGUCAUUAGGAGCGGUCAUUAGCACGACGUGUAAGCUACAUAAAAAGAGGGUAUGGAUGUCGCGGUGUCGCAUGGAGUGGCGGCGGAAUGUGGUGUGUGCUCAUGUCGCCUAUAGUGCGUUUCUGGGGAGGUCGGCUUAGCAGGCUGUGCGCAGGAGAGGUGCACCCUGCGCAUACGGGGAGCUGCAGGUAGAGGAUCAGACAACAGCAGCACAGCUAUGUAAGGCGGACUUCUCGCAGCUUGAACGGUAC